AUGGAUAGCAGUGUUCGCUCAGUCAAACUAUCUAUCCAGGAGUCUGACGUGCUCAAACUGAUUUUGGAGUUUCUUCAAAAAAGGGAUUUCGCCUUCUCCCAAAUUGCCUUAGAAAGGGAGUCGGGUGUUGUCAAUGGUUCAUAUAACGAAGAUAUUUUAUUUUUCAGACAACUUGUUCUCCAAGGCCAUUGGGACGAUGCUUUGGAAUAUCUGAAACCUUUGAAAGACCCUCCCCUUCAAUUAGAUUUAAGGCCUGCCCGAUUCCUAAUCCUAAAACAGAAAUUCCUCGAAUUGCUCUGCCUGCGAGACAAUACUCUUGUCGAAGAUCCUGAUACUCCUCAGGAAAAUUGCGCUCAAUCUGGAUGUGAUCUUGCGAUUGACCAAGUUUUGGCUUGUCUAAACGAGCUGGAGCCCGAGUGUCCGUCGCAGGCGGAGUACAACUCCUUGGCGCUCCUCUUAACAUUGCCACAGCUUGACCGUCAUCCCGAUUACCGCGAUUGGAAUCCCAGUCUCGGUCGUCUGCGUUGCUUUAAGCAGCUUUAUCCUAUACUCACACCACUGGUGCAACAGUUGAAUGGCGUCAGCUCCUGUGAGGUCUUGGGUCAAUCGAGAGGAGACCGCUUGCUGCACUUGCUCAUUAAGGGGAUACUCUACGAGGCCUGUGAGGAUUUCUGCGCUGCCAUGGCCACCGAAAGCAAUGCCCAAAUGCAACUUAAUGGCCUCAUUUGUGAUGAAUCACUCGAUGAUGAUACCAGUAGCCCCCUGGUGGAGCAGUCGGCACGAUACAACCCAAUUUACUCAAUUGAACCGCCUGAUCUUUCACUGAACUCCUGGCUCCAGUCCCUUCCCCAGUCCGCCUUCAUCCAACCUUUUGAGUCCUGCCAACUCUGUCUGGCUAUCCACCGGCUGCAGAAGCCCUCCCAGGAGGCGGGUUUGUGGGUCGACCAGAUUUUGCGUGAACCCAGCGUGAAACCUCUUGUCUUCCCCUACACUCAUCUGCCCUCCUCCGCCUCCUCCAUCUCGCAUAGCAUCUUUCGCUCCUCCGUCCGACCUACGCUUGCACGGAGCUUUCUACAAGGUGGCCUGGGCAAACCCCGCACCCUUCUUGGCAUGGCUGCCAGCUCCUUGGUUUCUGGCACUGGGACACAGUUGAUGAGUCAGUCAAUAGGCAGUUACCACUUGUCCAGCGGAGAUGGCACGGCAAGACCGCGCACCGCAACGGGUGCCUACCGCAGUUCAGUGAUGCAGCAGUCUAUUGAUCGCCUCUUAGCCACCCGCGGCUCCGUGGCCCCGAGCAGCUCCGUCUCUGUUGGGAGUGUGGAGAGGACGGCAGAUUGCAUGCUCCGCUCUAUCCCUGAGAGUGGCUGUACCCACACUGGCACUGCGGUAGGCAGCGAGAUGGGUAGCAGUAUGAACACCUCCGCUAUCACUGAUCCCGAUGCUCCCGCUUCCGUGGCGAAUGCGAACUGUGGCCUUUUCCAUGAGUUCCAAAAACGCCAAUCCGAGAUGACGGCAUCUGUCACCGUGGGACAAUCGCAGUCGAAAUUGAAUCAUGGUGAUCGUGCCUUGUCGACUAUACCGAGUGUGUCAACGGAGACCCCGACUGUGAGAGUUCGUUGUUCAGGCUCCACGGAGAGGGAGAAGAACGAUGAACCACCGCCUCAGUACCUCCCUAUCACGGUGCUGGAGGAUACCCAACCCAUUCGGUCGAUUGCGUUCCAUCCCUUGGGCACCUUCUAUGCCGUCGGCUCCAACUCAAAAACCCUUCGAGUGUGCCGCUUUCCUGAUAUUAGUUCUUUGCGGCCCAACUACGAGGCCACAAAUCCGGCAAUAGUGAUGCAGCGGCACAAGUACCACCGUGGGAGUAUCUACUGUUCCUCGUGGAGCAGAGACGGUCGCAUCAUCGCCACCGGCAGCAACGAUACGGCCGUUCACCUCCUUCGUGUGAAUCCCGAGACCGGGGCUCCUAUAGACGAUAUCCCUGACAGCUUCAUUCAACUCACCCAUCAUGAUGGAACCGUGCGUGACGUGGUUUUCAUGAUGACUUCCUACUCAGAGGGUAGUGGUAGCCCAUCAGGUAACGGCCACUCAGCUCUGUUGUCUUGUGCACCGGGCCACCUGCUGACGGCGGGGGCAGGCGACUGUCGGAUCUACGUGAUCGACGUGGAGCGUGCGGGUAUGCUGGCGUCAGGGUCAGGUUUAGGUGGCAGUAGUUGCCUACGUCUGAAGUCCUCCUCUGCGGCCACAGUGCGCGCGCUCUCCGGCCAUUCAGCUACCGUCUUUGCCCUCACUGUCUGGGCGCCUGGUUCGCUUUUCGUUUCUGCUUCCGCUGAUGCUACUGCCCGGCUUUGGGACAUUCGAGCUUCCGCUCCUGUUCUCAUCAUCCCCUCCUAUUCCGGUGUUCAAGGAAGUCCCUUUGCAUCAGUGAGCAUGGAGGCAAGUGGAAAUGUGUUGGCAAGCGGUCACGAGGAUGCUACCAUCUCCCUCUUCGACGUCCGCGGCGCACGCUACAUCAGUGCCUACCGACCGCACUCCAACGAGAUUCGCUCUGUCCGCUUCGCUCCUAAUGACUACUACCUGCUUUCCGCCAGCUACGACAAACGUGUUGUGGUCACUGACCUCCACGGAGAUCUCUCCCAACCACUGCCAUGCGUCCAAGUGGCUCAACACAAGGACAAGGUGAUUCAAGCGCGUUGGCACCCCGACCAGCUGUCAUUUGUUACAACGAGCGCCGAUAAAUGUUGCAUUUGUUGGGCACUCCCGUCCGCCUAG